ACUCGACAUUAUUCGUCUGUAUUGACUCAACGAUAAAAGUAACAAACAACUGCACACUCGAAUAACAUAAUCACACAUUAUCAAUAUUAUUAUUUAUUCCACAUUCGUCCCAACAAUGUCUCAAUAUCAAAUAUUACACUAAAAACUAAAAAUAUUAAAUUCUUUAAUUCCACCACAGGCAAAAUCACCUGGAAACAAUUCCACAGAGAAAUGUUGUAAACAUAUCUCCCCGGAUAACAUAGGUGCUCCAUUUAUCUCUGCACAAAAAGAGCACCUAAGGCCAUGGUAUCUACAGGUCAAAGUUAUCGAGGCAGGAGAGACUAUUUAUACAGCAAAGAUUAAACUACUGUUGCUCUGUGUUUACAUCUGCCGCUGGUAUAUAUUCGGUAAAAUCCGUCUCUCCGCAUUAAUCCUCUCGUGUCUGCGACGUAACCGUCACCGGAACCACGUACGCUCUUCAUAACCUUAAUCAAACGUAUUCGGCCGCACCAUAGGGAACAAUAUGCAGAAGACGAUGUUCAACCAAACCCUCGAAGACAUUCUGGAGAAGAACCUGCCUGAAAAGGAACUGUCCGAGGUGAAGCGUCUCUUAUACGGACGCGAAUUACAGCCCUUGGAGCUUCCGGAAUGGACGGAGAAGACGGAAUUGGAUGUGCAGGGGUACGCGAUGAACAGCGAGGUCACAGAGCAACUGCGGCCGCCGAGGAUCGUCCGCGUCGGUGUGAUCCAGAACUCGAUCGUGGUGCCGACCACUGAACCCUUGCAGAAACAAAGGAACGCGCUCCAUCAGAAGAUCCAAAAAUACGUAGACUACGCGGCCGCCUGUGGCGUGAACGUGCUGUGCCUCCAGGAGGCCUGGGCUAUGCCGUUCGCGUUCUGCACGAGAGAGAAAUAUCCUUGGUGCGAGUUCGCCGAGGAAGUGGAGAACGGGCCGACGACCGUGCUCAUGUCUGAGAUGGCACAGCGUCAUGGGAUGGUGAUCAUCUCCCCGAUUUUGGAGAGGGACGUCGAGAACGGAGAUACCUUGUGGAACACGUCGGUGGUGAUCGGCCCGGACGGGCAGGUGAUCGGGAAGCACAGGAAAAACCAUAUCCCGCGUGUGGGCGACUUCAACGAGUCCACUUAUUACAUGGAGGGCAACACGGGUCAUCCUGUGUUCGACACUUGCUUUGGACGCAUCGCUAUCGCUGUUUGCUAUGGACGCCAUCAUCCACAGAACUGGAUGAUGUACGGCCUCCAUGGUGCCGAGAUCGUUUUCAAUCCAUCUGCGACCACCAGUCAUACAUCUGAGCCAUUGUGGCCCAUCGAAGCGAGAUGCGCCGCCAUUGCUAACAGUUACUACACUUGCGCUAUCAACCGAGUGGGAACAGAGAUAUUCCCUAAUGAGUUCACAUCCGGAGACGGUGCACCGGCGCACCAUGACUUUGGACACUUCUAUGGAUCCAGCUACAUCACUGCCCCCGAUGGUAGCAGAACUCCUGGCCUGAGCCGUUCCAAAGACGGUCUUCUCGUCUGUGAACUGGAUCUGAACAUGUGUCGUCAGAUGAAAGAUAUGUGGUGUCUACGUAUGACCCAGCGAUUGGAUAUGUACGCCAAAGAACUUUCCGAGUACGUGGAGAAGAAUCUGAAACUCAGCGAGAAAACUAAGUAAUGCGCCUUCAGUCACCGAGAUUACCCGCGCCACGAGGAACGUGCAUGGGUAAUUCGCCGAGGGCUACUGGGAUGAUCCUCACGCUUCUGAUUUUAUAAAACGGUGUAAACAAAAUAUGUGAAAAAAAAGAAAAUAUACGUGCAUAUUCUUUUAUA